AUGAAAGGGUUGAGGAGGGGGAAGCAGUGGAACCACAAGUACAACACUGAUCUAUGGUCCUUCUUUUGGCAGGCCCACGAGGACAGGACACACCAUGCCGCCUGCAAGAAGACGAAGGCCCAUGCCUCUCUCGCAGAUAGAAGGUCAGCUACGGUGCGGCCUGACUUCCAUGUUGCCAACCAGGCUGCAGACGCCGUUGAGCGCAGAGCAGCUGAUUUCCUUGGACUCUCGGAGGAAGAGGUUUUGCAGGUUCUGUCCAAGGAUGCGGAGAUGAAGUUGAUCAGAGCUAGGUUUGCGUGUAUACAGGACCUCACUUUGAAGUUUCGCCCCAGCUUGAAGCUCAAAAAGGCCCGCAAGAGUGUCAAGGUCCUGCCGGAUUUUAUUGCGCUCUCCGACCACCGACUCGUCAUGGCAGAGGUGCCCUGCCAGUUCACGGCCCCGUGGGCGGCGGGCUACGGGAGGGUCGCCUGGACGUCCGGACCCAGGUGGGACGAGGGCCUGAGGGAAAUUUCCGGCACCCUCAGUGCGCUGAGCGAGAGCGUGGAAGCAAUUACAUGCGCCCCUUGGCUUCAGCCACCGUGGUUCGGAGGCAGGGCCAGCAGAGUGCAAAGGCGCGCCGUGGUUAACGUUGCGGCUUGGGCUCGCGACGCCGCCUACACCAUGGUGGGACACGCAGCGGGUGCCACCAAGGUGAUAGGGGGCAAGCGUCGCCUCUCGCAGACCACUGCGCGUAGGUUGCUGAACCCAGCGUGUUUCACCUCGCAUCAAGAGUUUAAGCUUGAAGUUGCGCGCGCAGCGUGGGGGGAGCGUAGGAGAGCCGUCCACCGCUAUUUGCAUUUGCGCGAGGCCAACCCCGGGGCCGCGGAGAGGUUCCUGUCGAGCUUCUUCCAGGUGCGCACCCGUGUUGAGGUGAGGCUGUCGGACCCGUCCACGGGGGCUGCGCUUACGCCCAGUGCGAUGGUUGAGGCUGUCAGGCAGGAUCUGUUUGCACGCGAUCGCAAUGACUUUGAGCAGGAUCCGGGGGCCGAGGAGGCCAUGGCACGGCAGGUUUCUUUAAUCCGCAGCGCGGGUGCCCUCGAAGGCGCACCAGCCCGAGCUCCACCUUACACGGAUGACGAGGUGCAUGCUGUGUUGAGCGCUGUCAAGCCAGGCAAACGCACAAUUCAUGGGUGUUACGCCGCCUUGCGCGCAGAGUCACCAGCGGGGGUACGGCUGACCAAGGCCCUAGUGAACCUCGCUCGCGCCGCCGGCGUGACCGCGAAAAUCUGGUCACUCAGGCAGAUCACCCCAUUGCGUAAGUGCGGCCCAACCACAGUGCGCGCACUCUCCGCCCUGCGGCCAAUUUCCAUUGCAACGGAGAUGGCAUCGGUACAAGACGCUCUCUGGAUAGCCCGAAAUAGCGGUGCGCUGGAGGCGUAUUGUGGGCCUUGCCAGCAGGGGGGAGUCGGCGACGCCCUCACCCUAGUAAUCGGCCUCGUCGUGCACGCCCAGCUGCGGCAUGCGCAGGGCCUCCACACUUGGUGGGCUCUAGCAGAUGGCAAGUGGGCUUUCGACGUGGCGUCCCGCCACGCCAUGUUGGUGGGCGUGUACAACGCCGGAGUCCGCGGGCCUGAUUGGCUCAUUUUGGACGACGUGUUGGCGCAAGACCAUCAGUGCCUGUCUUUGCAUGGGCUGCUGAGCCCCGUUUUUAUGCUUUCGCGCGGUACAGCUCAGGGCAGGCGGUUUUCUGUGCACGCUUUUAACACCCAGCUCCGUGGGCUUGCGGAUGACAUCGCAAAAGUGCUCCCGGAGGGGUGCAGCACGAUUGUGCCUCCAUUUGCUAGGGCAGCGCUCCUUGACGCGGAGGAAGUCACGCCGCCGGCGCAAUGCGUUGAGCCGCCGCGGGGGGAGCUGCAGCUUGACGGGGUCGUGCAGGAAGUGUCGCUUUUGGCGGCGGCUGAGGAGUCGCCGUGGCCCCAGGCGAGGCGCUUCCUGCGCGGCGUCCUCAGCGCGCUGUCGUCGCAGGCUGAUCGGGUUGCCGUGAUAGAGCGUUUGGGGGCUUACCACGUGGAGUCACCGCAAUUCGUGGAUGACAUCACAACGCCCUGCCCGUCAGAGGGGGCCGUUAGGGCCGUUCUGUCGGAGGAAGAGUGGUCGGCGUGCAGCCGAUACGCACGGCGCGUGAGGGCCCGCUUCAACUAUGAUAGGGGGAAGACGGCAGUCCUGCCCCUUCUGGACGCCCCCCCGCCCUUGCUAGCUGGAGCCCCUGUGGUGCGCGCGAAAGGGCUUCUAGGAGUUCUAGUGGACUCGGGCCUCACGUUUCUGCCGUUGCUGCACAGUACGCUCGCGAGGGGCAGGUCGCUGUUUGACGAACUUUUGCAGACGGCGGAGUGCGGGGGCUUCUCCAUCCCAGUUGCCGCAGCUCAAGUCCCUCCCCGCAUUGAGUCGGUAAUCCUAUACGCUUCCCCGUUGUUGGCCCUAGCCGAGGGGGCUGAAGCGGCCCUCAACCGCUUACAGGUAGAGUGGGGCCGCAAGCUGCUGGGCUGCAAUGAUGGCCCGCCCGUGCGUCACAGCGUGGUCGUGGCCCAAUGCGGGUGGCCUUUGAGGCUGGGCACGAAGUUUCUUGAGCGUGCCUUGCUAGCGCGAGCCAGGCUCGCAGUCCUCCCGCUCGACCACCCGGCGUCCCGAGCCUGGCAGGCAUCCCGGUGCCUGCACGCCCCCUCUUGGGUUACUGCGGUAGCUGCGCUCGCUGGCCGCCUUCCGUCGCCGCCAGUGCAACUGGACCGACACCCGGCAUGCGCUGGGGAGCAGUUGGAGGCUGCGCGCGCCCAUCCAGCGAGGCGCAGGGCCCUCCUGGAGUGGUACCGCUGGCAGGUCGUGCGCCCAGCGCUGUUGGAGUAUGACCGGCAAGCAUUCAGGAAGGCAGCGUCAUGUGUUCUCCCGGCGUUGCGCCGUUCCUUCGCUGAGCUUUGCCCGGGCCCGUCCCUCCCUGACUGGAAUCUUCUGGGCUGGGAGUCGUCUCCAAACUUUUGGAAGCAUUACCGGUUGUGGGCCGUCAUACGCAUGACGGGCUGCUGGCCCCUUGCCGUGCUUGGCCAGGGUGGGCUGCCAGCCACGCUCUCGCGGUGCGGGGCAUGCGGAGCGUCGAAUGUAGCAGUCGACCAUCCCCUGGUAGCGUGUCAGGCCACGGUUCAGCACCGUGCCCUCCUUGCGCGCGACGGCCCGCCCAUGCAGGGCGCCGCCCCGGAGUUCGCCUUACAAGUCCUUUUUUCCGAGGGUCUCCCGUCGCGUGCGCGUGCUGCGCACGUCAGUUACGUGGGCGCUGCAGUUUUGCAGGCGCUUGUUGGCCCUGCCCGGUUGUCCGUCCGCCGCGUGGGCUGCGAGGGGAGGGGGAACACGGGCGCGUGCCUCAUGUGA